UAUACACGCUGACGAAGGAUGACUGUGCUGGUACCAAGUCGACCUUGUUUUUCAACGUUGUUGUUAUAAACCACAGUAAAUCAAUAAGACGUGUGUGCAAUGAUAAUAUCCAAUCAAGAAGUUCAUUUUUUUUGAAGUUGUUUAAAAGAAAAUAGAGUGCUGGAUGUUUGCUGCUCAGGUUUCAACGCGGACAAUCAAACUGCCGUCACAAGAAAAACUUCAGGAUUUGGGAAUUGGAAUAUUGCAAUAUUACAGAUUGAUUGUAUAGAAGUGCAGUCACUCAAAUAUAUUAUUGAAGUUGCGUUGUCGAAUUUCUGUGAACUGCUUUGACGUGUGAAAUGUUAUUCAUGAAGUUGUGAAAAUAGAACUACAUUAAAAUGGUGGCGAAUGUGCAGUUGGACGGAAGGAAUCCUCAAUGCAAAAGAACAUGCCUAUGUAAUGGGAUGGCCACAAACAUUGGAGGGACAACUCGUCACCGUAUCAUGUGGGAUUACAGCUGCAAUACCUUUUCUACUUGGACUUUGUGUUUAAUUGCCAUCGUAUUUGUGAUGUUUCCAGCCCUGUGUUCUUCAGAGUUGGUUAUUAAUGAUCAUGGUGGUUUUGGUGCAAUAUGGCGUGGUAACAGCUUCAAUCUUGAUCUAGAUGGGGAAAAUGUGUGCAACAGGACAAGCUUGAGGUUGGCCACUUCCCUUCUGAGUUCAGCUGAUGAAGUAAUGAGCAUGUGCAAUUCCAUAUACUCCCCGGCAACCUGCUAUGCACUGAGGUCUGGUAUUAUUAGUACUGAUGAGCUGUACCUACCUAUUGUAAACUACACGUGUUGUGGUGGAUUUCUACGGGAGGGCAACGCCUGUCCAAACGUUUGCCCAGCUAACACCUUUGGCCAAGACUGUUCGUCGAGUUGCAACUGUCAGAACGGUGCUACCUGCAACGCGAAAAACGGUACAUGCCACUGCGGGCCGGGCUGGAGGGGUCCACACUGCGAGCUCACCUGCCCGCCUGGUCGAUACGGGGACGGCUGUCAAGAUGUGUGUGAGUGCCAGAACGGUGGCUCAUGCAACCGAAUCUCAGGUUUAUGUUUGUGUCAGGGCGGUUUUGCCGGUAGUAAAUGUGAAGUUAGUUGUUUUUCUGCGUCUACAACUACGGGCUGUUCCGAUGACCAUCACUGCGAGAGAUGUGAGAAUGUCCUGACCGACUAUCGGUGCGAUCCCUCCCUCGGUAGCUGCUUCUGCGCCGAUGGCUGGCAGGGGCGGUUCUGCGCCCACUCAUGCAAUGGCUCCACCCAUGGUAGCUUUUGCCACGACGAGUGCGAUUGCGAGAAUUCGGACCACUGCUGGCCCUUGGACGGCCGGUGCGAGUGCCGCCCGGGAUGGACGGGGAAGAACUGCGACGGGAAGUGCCCGGACGGGUCAUUUGGGGCGGGAUGUCUCCGGUCGUGUUCGUGUCCAGACGGGGCUGUUUGUGAUCACGUACACGGUGGAUGUGACAGUUGCCCUGCUGGUUGGAAUGGACAUGUGUGUACAUUGCCGUGUAUGUAUGACGAGUGGGGUUCUGACUGUACGCAGGAUUGUGGUUGUUCAGACGACCAAGACUGUGAGCCCAUAAGUGGGCGCUGUUUCAACCCGGAUGAAUAUCCAACUGCGUCCCCCAAAACACCGUCGACAAGGACACCAUCAACAACGACACCAUCGAACCCCGAUACCGUUGCUACUGUUGCCGGGUCAGGCGGUCUGUCCACGAAUCCCAAUACCAUUAUCAUCAUUGCUGCGUCAACCGGUGUUGCAGUAGCUGUGGUUGCCAUUGUCAUCGCGAUAGUAGUAACCAUGAAAUGUCGAAAGAAACGCACAUCAGUACCGAAUCCUCGCCUUUCAUUGGUCAAUGGAGCCGCAGUCCAGAAUGGUUCUGCGACGUCGAAUCUAAACGAACGCUAUUCUGGACCAUCUCCACCUCCGCGAGAUCCUUCCACUCUACCGCCCUCAAGGAAUACCUCGGAGAGAGAUUCCCACAGGUACGAAUACAUACCAGGCACCCACCGUCCCAACUCCUACCUGGAUAUAUACGAAGACAGUAGUCAAAUCGACAACCCUUUGUACCAGCCGGGCAUUUCGGGUUACGAGGUACCCACCCCGAAUGGAACCCUGGAGAGGGCGCUAGACAGCCAACAGAACCCCGGACGGUCACAGGGUCGAGUCGCCAACCCCCUCUACGGCAGGAACGCUGGGUAUGAGGUACCCACACAUACCUUGGAGAAAAAGUUAGACGGUCGACUGAACCCCGGGCGUUCACAGAGUCGAAUCGCCAACCCCCUCUACGGCGGGAGCACUGGGCAUGAGGUGCCCACCCCUCAGGGUACCCUGGAGAGGGCAGUAGACGGCAGUGCGGAUGAUGGAGACUACACCUAUCUGACGGCUCCCUCAUCACGUACGGAUGAUACCUACACAGAUCUGACGAUGUGAGAGGUGGGAAUUUCACUGAGGUGGCAUCCAAAAUUCAGCAGCUUUGUCUUGGUCUAUGCAGGCCUGAUACUUCACGGAGGCAACGAACGAUUGCCUCCAUGCCCCCUGGUCAUUUCCUAAGUGCCCUUGAAAUGCUCCAGCACAAAUUUUACUCAAGGAGAACAUGCCAUGGUGCUAUUGCCCUUUCCAAAGCGAAGUAUACAUGGUUGUCUAUGGCUAUCGUCUAUAAACUGCUUAGCCUUAGCCCUUAAUAGCCAUAUAUGAAACCAUGAUCGGAUAGAGGGUGCUGGCUUUACUUUCCAUACAAAAGAAAAUCAGGGAAUCAUGCAGCACAGCCCCUCUUAUUGGACAUGUACGGGCUUAUAACAAAAUAUGAUUUUUGUUUUCAAACAGAAUAUUAUGUUUUGGUAUUUCACUGAGGUGACAUCCGAAUUCAACAGCUUUUUCUUGGUCUAUAUUGAUAUCGUUAUUGACUGCGGCAGCAAUGUUGAAGUUUGUACAAACUUUCUAGCUUUAGCCCUUAUUUAUACGAACAAAAAGAAAAUCAGUACUAGGCCUACCUCUCUUAUGUACUGACAUGUACAGAAAAGCAAGUGUUUUUCAAACAAAUUGGUUUUUUUUAUUCAGCUGACAUCGGCGCUAUACUGCCCUCACCGUUUCAGCGUCUCGUCCGUGUUCACACCGAUGUUCACACAAGGUGAUUUUAAACGGUAUAACAAUUUUUUGUUCGCCUGUGAUUGUCUUUUGCGCCCUCUUGCAAUUGAGCUUAACCAAUUUCGAACUCGGGCGAGUUUCGGUUGAUGCUCUUACACACUACACUAUCAUGUUUCCUGGCAGUUGUUGAACUUCCACAAGGUUGUUUUUUAACGGCAUUGAACUACGUUGGUUCGCCAGUGAUUGUCUUUGGCGCCCUCUUGCGAUUGAACAUCAACAUUUUCGAACUCGGCCGAAGUUCGGAUGCGACUUUCAAAAUAUUGACUCCCAUAAAUGGCCGACCGUGUUAGUCGACAAGAUAAAAGGAAAACCACGCAAUUUCGAGUGAUACUUGUGUGGAUCGUUAUAUUCUACUUUUAAAUUGUCUAUCAAAUCAUAUGCAUAUUAUUAGAACAAACGGUUACACACGCUUUUCAAAGACCAACUCGACCGAUCCAAGGCAAUGUGUUCUUUUAAUAUUGGGAGUGGAUAGUACCCAAGUACAUCCCCGAAGGUCCUUUACAUACGUGUAUAAUGUACUUCUGUUGAUGAUGACGGUUCGAAGACUAUGAUAUAAGCAAUCCGUACAGCCAAUGCACGAAUUGGUACAAUAUUGUAAUCUAUCAUUUAUUAUGGGUCUUUUGCAUAUGCAUGUACAAUAAUAUAACAAUACACAAUUUAUACUUUAUGUAACUAUUUUUUAUUAUUCACAAGAU